GGUUUCCAGCACAAUGGAGGCUGGCAUUCUUUACCAAUCUUACCUUCACACCCACAUCCCAAAAUGACAGAUGCCAGUGGUUCCCGCAUCCGUGUCGCCAUCAUCGGCGGUGGACUUGCUGGAACGACCGUCGCGAAUGCCCUGAUCCAGAUUCCACACCUUGAGGUUCAGGUCUAUGAAUCAGCGCCCACCUUCUCAGAACGCGGAGCAGCUGUUGGUUUCGACUCGCAUGCAUUGGGAGUCCUGGAACUCAUACUGCCCGGUCAAAAAGAUGAAAUCUUGAAGAAAGCGAAGGCAGUUGCGCUGAACUCGGUCCGCAAUGUCAUGGGUUCAGGACCGAGCGCCGGCCAGAUCGUCGCUGACCUAGAUGGCGAGGAUUCCGGUGUGAUCGUCCACCGUGCUUCUUUGCUCCGCGAACUCGUGGCACGCUUACCCAAGGAAGCCUUGCACACUGAUAAGAAGCUUGCUAAGUUGGAUCUCAAGCACGGUACUGGUGCGAUCCAGGUGACUUUCUACGACGGCACAACCAGCGAAUCCGACGUCGUCAUAGGCGCGGAUGGCAUAUUCAGUACGGUGCGCUCGCACGUCCUCCAGGAUAGCACCAACGACUUCGCCGCGUCGCCUGCAGGGUUCUGGGAUUCCAGGAUCCUUGUACCGUUCGAGAAGGCAAAAGCUAUUCUAGGCGCGGAAAAGUUCGAGGUUGACCGGCAGUGCGGUUACAUUGGAGACGGUGCUUUUGUCAUGCACGAUGUUCUGGAGGACCGGACUGUAGUGCAGUGCAUCAUCUCUGCCAUCGAGCGCGAGCCGACGCGCGAUAGGAAACGGGCCUUGACAAGAGAGAGCCUAACAAAGACUCUGGGUGCGUGGCUUGAUGGCCCGAUCGGAAAGGAAAUUAUAGAGCUUUCUCUUGAACAGCAGGACCUACAUGGCUAUUCUCAGUGGGAACAUAAAGCAACUCCAACGUAUUCUCACGGUAAUACAUGUUUGAUCGGCGACGCAGCUCAUGCUAUGACUCCAUGGCAAGGUUCAGGGGCAGCUAUGGCAUUCGAAGACGUGGCCGUUCUUCAAGAGCUUUUGAGAAACACCGGCUCUCCAGCUGACAUCUGUGCGGCAUUGAAGGCCUAUGAUAUGGUUCGACGACCACGCUGCCAGAGAGUCAUCAACUCCAGCAGGGAGACUGGCAUCAUCCUCUGUGGGAAGGACGCGAAGGCAGAUUUGGAUCCACAAAAAAUAGGUGAGGCUUUGGCGCACAUGUGGGAUUUCAUCAUGGGCUUGGAUAUGAGAGCACACCGGGCCGAUGCUUUGAAGACAUUCAGGGAGAUGGACAGGGCUUAGGAGACAACAAGCCUGUCACGAAACAUAUUGCUCCUUGUAAUGCAUCACACUAUACCAAGAUCUCAGGAUGUUGUGAAGGUAUUGCUACUGAAGCUAGUGUUUGGCUAUUUGGGCUCUAAUUAAUAGCAUGCCAAACGCG